AGCAGGCGCCAGCGUGGACGCCCUUCUCGGGAGUCGGCGACGGAGAGCAGUGGGAAGCCCCAGCGCUGGCCCCGCGCCCCGAGCCGCGACCCCGCCCUCUUCCUCUCCCUCCGCCGCCCGCUCGACCUCCCCGCUGGCCAAGAUGGCGGCUGCUGUUAGGGCGAUGGGCGUCUGGGCGCGCUUCACGGCCGCCGCCAGGUACCACCCGGCCCGGUGCUGCCGCCUCUCAGGUUAUGCCUGCAGAAGCCUUAGCACUUCUACCUCACGGAAAUCUAGAACCCAUGUUAACUAUGACAUCAAAGGAGAUGUUGCCGUUGUGCGUUUUAAUUCACCAAAUUCCAAGGUCAACACUCUGUCCAAACAGCUGCAAGCGGAUUUCCAAGAAAUCAUGAGCGAAAUCUGGGCCAACGAUGCUGUCCAGAGUGCCGUCCUCAUCUCUGCCAAGCCCGGCUGCUUCAUUGCAGGAGCAGACAUCGACAUGAUUGAGGCCUGCAAGUCAAGCCAAGAAGUGACCCAGCUGUCUCAGGAAGGACAGAAGAUGCUGGAAAACCUUGAAAAAUCCCCCAAGCCUAUUGUUGCGGCCAUCAGUGGUGCCUGCCUUGGGGGAGGACUAGAGGUCGCCAUCGCUUGCCAGUACCGGAUAGCAACCAAGGACAAGAAGACGGUGCUGGGGACACCCGAGGUGCUGCUGGGGCUGCUGCCGGGGGCUGGAGGGACUCAACGGCUGCCCAAGAUGGUGGGGCUUCCUGCUGCCUUUGACAUGAUGCUGACGGGAAGAAACAUUCAAGCUGACAGAGCCAAAAAGAUGGGGCUGGUGGACCAGCUGGUGGACCCACUAGGGCCUGGGAUCAAGAGCCCUGCGGAGCGGACCGUUGAGUACCUGGAGGAGGUGGCCAUCUCCUUUGCCAGAGGACUGGCCACCAAGACCAUUUCUCGGAAGAAGGACAAAGGGCUCCUUCAGAAGGUGAUGGACUACGCCCUGGCGGUCCCCUUCGUGCGGCAGCAGCUCUACAAGUCGGUGGAGGGGAGAGUGCGGAAGCAGACCAGGGGGCUCUACCCUGCUCCCCUCAGCAUCCUGGAGGUGGUGAAGACCGGCCUGGAGCAGGGCAAGGAAGCUGGCUACCACAUGGAGUCCCAGAAAUUUGGGGAACUCGGGAUGACCCCUGAAUCCAAGGCGCUGAUCGGGCUGUACCACGGGCAGGUGCAGUGCAAGAAGAACCGGUUUGGGCAGCCAAAGCAACCCGUCAAAAAUCUCGCCAUCCUGGGAGCAGGCCUGAUGGGUGCGGGAAUCGCUCAGGUCUCUGUGGACAAGGGGAUGAAGACCAUCCUGAAGGACACCACCGUGCAGGCCUUGGGCCGAGGGCAGCAGCAGAUCUUCAAAGGCCUGAAUGCCAAAGUGAAGAAGAAGAGCCUCACCUCCUUCCAGAGGGACAUGAUGCUCAGCGACCUGACAGGGCAGCUGGAUUACAAGAACUUUGGCAAGGCUGACAUGGUGAUCGAAGCUGUCUUUGAGGACCUCGGCAUCAAGCAUAAAGUGCUGAAGGAGGUGGAAGCGGUGAUCCCUCCCCACUGUAUCUUUGCCAGCAACACCUCGGCUCUCCCCAUCAGCCAGAUCGCUUCAGCCAGCAAGAGGCCCGAAAAGGUGAUCGGGAUGCACUACUUCUCUCCCGUGGACAAGAUGCAGCUGCUGGAGAUCGUCACCACGGACAAAACGUCCCCCGAGACAGCUGCCGCUGCGGUCGCUGUGGGCCUGCAGCAGGGGAAGGUCAUCAUUGUGGUGAAGGAUGGCCCAGGUUUCUACACCACCAGAUGCCUCGCGCCUGUGCUGGCGGAGUUUGUGCGCAUUCUCCAGGAAGGCACUGACCCCAAGACGAUGGAUGCCAUCACCACCAACUUCGGCUUCCCCGUGGGGGCUUCCAUCCUGGUCGACGAAGUGGGUGUGGACGUUGCUGCGCAUGUCUCCGAGGAUCUCCUCAAAGCCUUUGGGGAGCGGUUCAAAGGCGGGAACGUGGAGCUGAUGAAAGCCAUGGUGGAGAAGGGCUUCCUGGGCCGCAAAGCAGGGAAGGGCUUCUACAUUUACCAGGAAGGCGUGAAGAACCGGAGCAUCAACACCGGCAUGGAUGAGAUCCUGGCGAGGUUCAAAGUGCCCGCCAGGCCAGAAGUCUCCACUGUGGAAGACAUCCAGAUGCGCCUGAUCACCCGAUUUGUGAACGAGGCAGUCCUGAGCCUGCAGGAGGGUGUCCUCAACAACCCCACGGAGGGGGACAUCGGGGCCGUGUUCGGGCUGGGCUUCCCACCGUGCCUGGGAGGUCCCUUCCAGUAUACGGAUCACUACGGGGCCCAGCGCAUGGUGGAUCGCAUGCGGAAGUACGAGGAGGUCUACGGGAGUGCGUUCACGCCAUGCCAGCUGCUGCUUGAUCACGCCAAGGACUCCAGCAAGCAGUUCCACGAGUGAACGUGUCUGCACGUCCGUCCACAGAGCUGAGGGCAGAGGGGAAGGCCCUGCAAGAGACUCUUGCCCAGUAGCUGGGGUGGGGAGGCCCCUGGCUCUUCACCCUCCAAGUGCCUUAGCCGCCCGGGCACUACCUCUCCUGGAUGUUGGUCUUGCUUGGGGGGAGGAAGAGUUGGGGCUUUCUGUUCUGCCCAAGCCUGGCAGCCUGCAGGUCCACCACCACCACCGGUGGCAGCAGCACUACCUGUGGGGAUAAUAGAGUUGUGUCUGUACCCGGGACAGGCCUGGGCCCCUAACCCACGCACAAAGAAUUCCAGACAAUAAAGCCCUGUGUCUUGUUCACCGAUAA